AUGGCCGGGGGUGAGCAUCUCAAAGAUGAAGGAACCAGGCGACAGGUCGUGCUGGCAGGCGGGACAGCCGGGCUGAUCUCGCGGUUCUGCAUUGCGCCGCUAGACGUCGUCAAGAUCCGCCUGCAGCUGCAGAUCCACUCGCUAUCGGACCCGGACUCGCAUCGCUCGGUCAGGGGACCUAUCUACAAGGGGACGCUGUCGACGAUGCGGGCGAUCGUGCGGCAGGAGGGCAUCACGGGCCUCUGGAAAGGCAAUAUUCCCGCUGAAAUGAUGUAUGUGUGCUACGGCGCCGUUCAAUUCACUGCCUACCGCUCCACCACCCAAGCCCUCGCCCUCCUCCAUCCCUACCGUCUUCCUCCAUCCGCCGAGUCGUUCGUGUCCGGUGCCGUGGCCGGUGGCCUUGCCACAGCUGCAACGUACCCACUGGACUUGUUACGUACGCGCUUCGCCGCCCAGGGCCCGGACCGCAUCUACCACUCGCUGCGAGCGUCGGUGGCGGAUAUUGCGCGCUACGAAGGCAUGCCGGGGUUCUUCCGGGGCUGCUCAGCGGCCGUCGCACAGAUCGUGCCGUACAUGGGGCUCUUCUUCACAACCUACGAAGCACUCCGGCCAGCAAUGGCAUCUUGGGACUCGCUGCCAUUCGGCACAGGCGAUGCCGCGGCCGGCGUUGUCGCUAGUGUGCUGGCUAAGACCGGGGUGUUCCCGCUUGAUCUCGUGCGCAAGCGCUUGCAGGUGCAGGGUCCCACUCGCACCCGUUAUGUGCAUCGCAACAUCCCCGAGUAUCACGGUGUUGUACGCUCGAUAACCAUGAUCCUGCGAACACAUGGUGUGCGCGGACUGUACCGCGGGUUGACGGUCAGCUUGCUCAAGGCGGCGCCGGCGAGCGCAGUGACCAUGUGGACGUACGAGCGGGCCCUGAAGAUCAUUCAAGACUGGGAGGUGGCUGGCCCAGAUUAA